GCAAUACAAGAAGGCAAUCCACUGGGAAGUUGAAUGCUCCUGAUAGCGGACAAGAUGUUAUUCCUUAUUAUCUAAGAGCUUCCACUGGUUCUUGCCAUGACUUCUGUAAAUAUGGCAGGAAACAUUCCUCUGAAGCAAAGCCAUGGCAUCCUCUAUCAAAAAGAAAGAACAAACUUCCUGCUGAUGAGCAGAGUCCUGCAUGGACCUUGGGGGGGGGGGGGAGGCAAAAAAGCGGACUUUGGUCAAGCAAAAGGUUGCUGGAGGGAGGGAUUGAUGAGAUGACUAUGGUUGAGCAGAAGUCUUCAGCUUCUCUGGUGAGUAUGCUAGGAGAGGGAGAAAAUGUGACUGUGGUUGCACAAAAGCUUUCUACUCCCCCAGGGAGUAUGCUGGUAGAGGGAAAGAAAGAGGCCGUGGUCAAUCAAAAGCCAUCUGCUCCUCCAGGGAGUAUGCUAGGACAGGGAAAGAAGUUGAAUAUAGCCGAUCGAAGGCCUUCUCCUAAGGUUCAGUCUCUUGAACCCUCUGAAAUAAAAAAGAAAAAGAUACUGCUGACACCAAAGAGUGUUCACUCUCUGAAAUUGGAUUCCUCAAGUGACAAGAUGCCAGAGACAGAAAAGAAAAUGAAAUCUUCAUCUAAGAUCUUAGGAGGUGUAGAUGCAGGAGGCAAGAAAUACAGUGUUGCUAAUUAUAGAAAACAAAUAAUCGCACCUAAAGUAUCUGCAGAGAAAUAUUUGAAGACACCAACUCUUUCAUCUCCUCCAAAAUAUUCCUAUGUUAAACCUUUGAUCUUGAGGGUAAGAAGCAAUAAAAGCUUAAAACUGCUGGCUCCUCUGAAGGACUAA